UACCAUGGCUACUCUGCAACCGACUCGGCAGCAUGGGAGACAGGCACCAGAAAAUGCCCUGCUGUUCACCGUCCUCCUGCUGUUGCCUAACCUGCAGGUAAUGGGUUCGAUACUGGAAGACACCAUUUAUAAACGAACAGAGUAUUGGGAAAAUUGCACCAGGACCUUAGCAUCCAGCCAAAUCUCACGAACUGGAAUUUAUUGCAAUGGAUCCUUUGAUCAUUUCGUCUGUUGGCCUCACUCUCCGGUUGGGAAUGUAUCUGUACCAUGUCCUUCAUAUCUGCCGUGGAUUAAAGAAGGUAACCUGGCGAAGGCGUACAGGGAGUGCACCUCCAGCGGGACCUGGCGCACAUUGGAAAACUCCACAGACGUGUGGAGGGACCAAUCAGAAUGUAUCAACCCACAUUACUUCAAACCACAGGAGGAUUAUAUGCACCUUCAAACAGCAUUGCGUGUCAUCUACAUGGUUGGAUACUCACUUUCUCUGUCCUCACUGACCCUGGCUGUUCUUAUUAUGGGCUUGCUGAGGAAACUUCACUGCACAAGAAACUACAUCCAUAUGAAUCUCUUUAUAUCCUUCAUAUUUCGAGCGGCAGCAGUUAUGAUCAAGGAAAUAAUUUUUCAAGUCAAGUUUACUAACUUACCCACUGAUGACACAGGAUGGAAGGAAUAUACCAGCUCAGUGAUCUCUGUUGUCUGUAAGGCUAGUCAAGUGUCAAUGCAUUACUUUGUGGGUGGAAACUACUUCUGGCUCUUAGUGGAAGCGAUAUUUCUCCAUAGGUUAUUGUUCACUGCGGUACUCACCAAGAGACGAUUGUUAAAACGAUACCUUCUCAUUGGCUGGGGAACUCCUUUUGCAUUUGUGGUGCCCUGGACCGUUACAAAAGUUUUGUAUGAAAAUCAAGCGUGCUGGCCCAAUAAAAGCAUGUGGAUCUGGUGGAUAAUAAGAGGACCCAUAACUUUAUCAGUGGUGGUAAUUUUUUACAUAUUUAUAAAAAUUAUGAAACUACUGCUGUCAAAGUUAAAGGCAGACCAGGUGAAAUUCGCCGACUACAGGAACAGUUUAGCCAGAGCGACGCUGGUGCUUAUUCCACUGCUGGGAAUCCACGAGGUGGUGUUCACGUUUUUUAUAGAUGAGUACAUGGAGGACAGGGCACUCUAUGUGAGAAAUUUUAUCAAUUUGACUUUGAGCUCCUUCCAGGGCCUACUUGUUGCUAUACUAUACUGCUUUGCUAAUGGAGAGGUCCAGGCAGAGGUCAAAAAACGCUGGCAGCUUUUUCUGUUUGCCAACCACUAUGAUGCACAAAGCUGUUUCCAGGGCAUACACAUGUGGAAGUGCUCAAGAAGAAGGCCGUCCCGCUGCCCCGACCAGUGGAAAUGUGUACGGGACAUCAGCGCUCCAUCUAAUGUUCAGCAACAAUGGCUGAUAGCCCAGGCUGGGUUGCAGUCCCAGCCAUGUCAGCCUAACAGGCCAAAAUUCAAUACCCGCCGAAGCCUAUCCAGCAGUGAGGGUGAGAUGACACUAGGAGAUACGAUGGAGGAGGUACUGGAGGAAAGCAUGUUUUAACGGCCAGGCCUGUAGCAGCAGGCCUUCCGAUGUACAGAUGUUUAACAUCCAUGUUGGUCGUUUUUUUGUAGGAUUACCUAGCGGCAAGAUUUUCUCAACUCUUCCAUCUUUUUUUGCAAUUCAUAAUAUUAUUACUUAUGUCUCACAAAGUCAAGUGUAAAUACAAGUCAAUUCUUAACAGUCUGAAAUACGCAAACCUCAAAAGAUGUCUUCUGGCAGAAAUUCUUGAUACGUUGAUACGUUUGGAUCGGUCUCUUCAGCUACCACAUAUGGCGCAGUAAACAUAAACAGCGUAUGUUCAACCAUUUUACACUUCAUCAUCAGACGAGGUUAAAAACCUUUAUGUAAUGCUGUUUAUACGGCAGAUGUAUGCUUUCCUGCUAACUGAUGGACUAGUCAUGUACAUAACUUUGAAGCACAAAAAGAUAACCCAUUGACAUUCCUGAAAGUGACUAUUUUCAAUAGUAUAUCAUGACUCUAAAUCUUUAUCAGAAUAAACUGCAUAAAGAAUGACAAAGAAAAUCAAAAUCUCCCCAGGGAAAACCAAUGUAUUGGGUUUAUAAAAAUGCUUUUUA